GCUGACAUGUCUAGUUCACAGCUGACCGCCAACAGACGUAGCAUUUCACAUGGAAAUUUGCUGACAAAAUAUCCCAGCAUCAAAGGUUCACGAGAUCCAGUAUGGAACCAAGAGGAGGGUAUCUGAAGAUGUACUUGAAAGGGAGAGCAGUGACAAUGCAUGCACCAACUUCUGUGGAAGACUAUAACCUUUCCAAAAGUGGAGAAGCCCCUGAUGAAAGGCUGCAGCUAGAAUGGGUGUAUGGCUAUCGAGGUCGUGACUGCCGCAGCAAUUUGUACUAUCUUCCCACAGGAGAGGUGAUCUAUUUCACAGCUGCUGUGGUUGUGUUGUAUAAUGUAGAGGAGCAAACUCAGCGCCAUUACCUAGGACAUACUGAUGAUGUGAAAUGUCUUGCAGUUCACCCUGACAAGAUCCGUAUUGCAUCUGGUCAGGUGGCAGGACAUGAGCGCAAAGAGGGCAAGAGAAAGCGUGCAGAGGAGGGUGAUGAGAGUGGGCCACAUGUGAGAAUUUGGGAUUCAGUCAGUCUAAAUACUCUACAUGUGCUGGGUCUGGGAGACUUCGAUCGUGCUGUCUGCUGCAUUGCCUUCUCCACCCUGGAUGGAGGGCAGCAGUUGGUAGCAGUGGAUGAUGCCAAUGAGCAUUCCAUUUCUGUGUGGGACCUCAGCCGUGACCGUCCACAUAAGAUCACCGAAACAAAAAGUUCAACAGAACCUGUUUUGGCUGUAGAGUUUCAUCCCUCUGAGAAAGGCAGCAUAGUCAGUUGUGGUAAGGGGCAGAUAACCUUUUGGACUUUGGAGGGAGGAGCGCUGGCCAAGAAACAAGGCAUCUAUGAUAAAUAUGAGAAGCCCAAAUAUGUCCUGUGCCUGGCAUUUUCACCUAAUGGGGAUGUUUUGACUGGAGAUUCUAAUGGAAACAUCUUCAUCUGGGGCAAAGGAACGAACAGAAUUACCCAGGCUGUUCUUGGGGCACAUGAUGGAGGAGUGUUCUCCCUUUGUAGCACGAAGGAUGGCAAUCUUUUGUCUGGAGGAGGAAAAGACCGCAAAGUCAUUGAAUGGGAUGGCUCGUACAGCAAGACAGGGAGGGAGACAGAGCUGCAAGAAAACUAUGGGCCAGUGAGGACAGUAAGUCAAGGCAAAGGAGGCCUUGUGCUAAUAGGGACAACCAAGAACUGCAUCUUGCAAGGCUCUUUAGAUCUCGAGUUCAGUCCAAUUAUGCAGAGCCACUUAGACGAAUUGUGGGGAUUGGCAGCUCAUCCAUCUCAACAUCAGUUUCUGACAUGUGGCUCUGACAGACUUGUCUACCUUUGGGACAGCCAGUCACGUUCAGCUGUUUGGGUGAAGGAGCUAAAUGAUCCAGCCCACAGCUGUUGCUUUCAUCCUGAUGGAAACAUCGUUGCUAUUGGAACCCAGGCAGCUCGCUGGGUAGUUUUGGACCUGGCUACACAUGAAAUUGUGUCAGUUCACACUGAUGGCAUCGAACAAAUAGAAUGUAUCAAAUAUUCACCAGAUGGCACUUACAUUGCAGUAGGAUCCCGUGACAAUUACAUUUAUGUGUACCAAGUCUCAGAUUAUGGACGAAAAUAUUCGCGUGUUGGCAGAUGCUCGGGCCAUGCCAGCUUUGUCACACAUCUUGACUGGUCUCAGGAUAGCCAGUACUUGGUGUCCAACUCUGGGGACUAUGAGAUUCUGUACUGGUCAGCAGCUAGCUGCAAACAAAUCACCAGUCCCAGCACCAUCCGCGAUAUCCAAUGGGCCACACAGAAUUGUACAUUAAGCUUCAAUGUAGCAGGUAUCUGGCCAGAAGGUGCUGAUGGAACCGACGUCAACAACUGUUGCCGCAACAACAAACAAACUCUGCUGGCCACUGCUGAUGACUUUGGAAAAGUCAACCUUUAUCGGUACCCCUGUUCCCAACCUCGGUCUUCCUGCCACUCCUUCAAGGGUCAUAGUAGUCAUGUGACCUCAGUUGCCUUUCUCUACGAUGAUUCUCGUGUCCUUUCCACUGGUGGUCGAGAUAUGGCAAUCCUGCAGUGGCAAGUGGUUUAAAAGCCUUGGCAGCAACAUCAGUAUACAAGUGUGUAACAAGUAACCCAAAAAAAGGAGAAAAAACUUUUUUAAAAAGAAAUCAGUUUUUCUUCACAAACAAGGCAAACUUGGAUGUUGUAAUUCUUGUCAACUUAUGAAAUAAGAAUUUUCACUUCAUUUUCUAAUCAUUACUGUACAGUUUUCACUGUUAAAGGCUGUGCAUUACAUAUCUUUCUUUUCUCUGUGUGUGUUUGUGUGAAUGUACUCAAAUGCAUACACAUGUGUGUGUAAUGGGGAUAAGUGGGAUUGUUUAAAAUUUCUUGACUCUUUGCUUGGGUGUCGGAGGAAGGGGGGAUUUGCUUAUCAGUAGUGUCACCUUAGUGCUAGUUUUUAUAUGAUUGUGUGAUUUUGCAUUAGUAGUUUUACCUGCACAAAGAUCAAAUUUAUUUCUAAUUUUAGUAGAGAUAUUUAUAUAUAGAUAUCUCUUUUCCUCCAUCACAGUUUUUGGGUUUUUUUUUUUUUUUUGCUUUCUAUUGAAUAAGAGUAUUGUUGUUAGGUUACACAGUGACAUACUUUUCUUGAAUGGGUCAUGCAAGUAUCCUGCAUUAUGUGUGGUCCCUGUACUGCCUAGUAGGCCUGCUUUUGUUACCCUGCCACAGGGGACUCAACAAAAUGUAUCUUCUUCUUGUUCCUAUUCGCCCCUAGUGGAGCAUAGGGCCGCAAAAUGUAUCUAGGAGUAAGGAAAUUCUAGAACCCAUCACCCAUACUGUGGAAUACUGAAGCAUGCAGAGACUGCAGCAGUCUUCCAUAGAUGAAGACCAUUGGUUUAUAACUAAACUGUCAGCCCCACCAGCCCCACACCACUGUCUCCUGCCUUCUGCUAUAUAAAACACUCUCCCUUCUUUUUUUCCGUUCUGUUGCUUGUCUGAUUUCUCCCUAUGCACAGUAUUUUUGUGAUGGAAACCUUAUGUGUAUUAACAUUGUACAACUUUUUCAUCAUGAUCAUGUAAGUAAUGUCUUUUUACUCAAAGAAUAAACUGUUUCCUGUUAUACACAUAAGCUCCUGGUGUCUUUUGCCAUUUUUGUAGUAAAUGAUAUUUGUGUUUAAAUGGUAUUUUUUGAAACAACUUAAAAGUAAUGUUCAAAAUUGUUUAAAGAAAGGAACUUUUUCAGCUAGGAAAGUACUAUUUCAUUUAUCUGUUUUGUAGAUCAUUUCUUCGGGUAAGACAUUUUGUUUAGAAACUUUGGCUGAGGGUGAUAAUUGGCAGAGUUGGUUGGAGGGAAUAAAGAGGCCUGACUCUUUUUUUCAACAAAUGAGCUUUUUGUACAGUUGUUUCAUAAAGAUGUGUGGGGUAUUAUGAAUAUUUUAAAAUCUUGCCAUGUGUAAUUAGUGUUAACAGAUGUUUCAUAUUAUCAGCUUAGAGCAGUAUUUCAGAUCUAAAAAAUUUGAGAAUUUCUGCUGUGCAUUAAGUUAUAAUUACCUCAGGACAGAUCCUAAAACUGAAACCACAGAACACACAUUUUUCUUCUUGACAAUGUUGCUUGUGCAUGCUUCUUGCCAUGCUGAGAUGUGUGUCAUCUUUUGACAAGAAUGAUCUAUUGACAAGAAAUUUUGAAAGAUGAUAGAGUGCAACAGGAGAGGGUGUAUGUAUAUCUGUAUGUGGGUGUGAGAGAGUUCAAACAGUGAACUAUCUAUUAGAUUAUUAAUGGCUUAUAUACACUUUUUAUGUGCUCAGGAAAUAUUUGGACUUUGUCUCGCAAGAAUACUCCCCCCCCCCUUCACUAUCCAGCUAGUAAGAAUGAAAAAGUACAAAUUCAUAUUUAUGCAUGUGCAUACACACACAAACUGGCUAGUGAACCUGACAAGGUGAAAGGUUGUCUGUGCAGGUUUUCUUAAAACAUUAAAGGUGCAAUGAUUUAUAGAGUAGUAUUCUGAUUAUGUUUAUCACUGUUUUGCUGUGACCUGAACUCUGCUCAUCCUCCUGUUCGUUAAAUACCCAACCCAGCUUAAACAUAGUAUGUGCCUGAUGAUUUUGAUUGUCAUUAUGUCUUAAAGAAGUUAGCAAGACAUUGAAAAGCAUUUAAUAAUUUACUGGUGGUGGUAAAUGUUUCGUGCAACAGUGUGCUUUUAGUGUUGGUGACUACAGCAUAACAAAGUACCUUGUCUUGUGGAAUAUAGUGCUGAAGGUAUUUACAACUGUUUUGACUUUAAUUUCUUGGUUGUAGGCAAACAUAGGCUUGUGUUGUGACCUCUUUUGAGUGUUUGUGCUUCUUUGGCUGUGGUAUUUAAAUGUUAUUUUUACACUGUACGUUAAUAUUCCAGAUGAGUUUUGGUUCUGCCUUUUUGCAGUUUGUUUGAAAUAUAAGCUUUUAUAGGGAUGUCAGAAAUGGUGGGACUAGGAUGUGCACACUAUUCACUAGAUUCUAGGCUGGCUGGCUUGCAUGCUUUUGCGCUCUUAUCAGAUUAAUAUAACUUUCCAUGCUUCAAGGUCUGCUAGCAUUUUCCUUAGCCUUUUGAAACAUACAGAAGAGAUAGUAUAAAAUAGAUCUGCAAUCAUUCAUCCCAAAUUUCCAAAAUGGUAAAGCCUGUUACUUAACUGCUUAAAUCAAGAGUGAACUAUUGAUCUGCUUUAUUAUGGAGCCUAAAUCUCUUUAUUUAAGAUGCUGAAGACCACUGAAAUUAACUAAUCAAACAAAUAAAUUUUGAUAAUUCUUUCAUCUUUAUGGCAUUUGUAGUUUAAAGCAAAGAGUUUUACUGUUUCUUCAAUUUGACCAUUGGUUUGCCCUUCUACUUUUCAUUACAUUUUACAGCAGUGUCGUUCAAGAUUCAGUGUUUCCCUAACAGAAGAUGACUUGCUAACACUGUUAAAUUUGAAUUAGGAGAUGCCCGGUGUGGAACAUGUUCUGACAAUCAGUUCCUUCUCCUUCCUACUGUUUUCUCGUUCUGUUUAGUAAGGAUGAGUAGGGUGGGGAGUAAAAGAAUUGAUUUAAAAAAUAUCAAAGACUAUAUAUCAUCUUUGAUGACAUAAGCAUAAAAAGAGAUGAAAAUAACAACUGACAAAAUGCAUCACCAUCAUCUAUUUAUUGCAGUAGAUAACAUCAUAUUUUAUUAAGCCUGUGUCUGAAUUUUCUGAACUACUUCCUGAGCAAAGUACUUCAGGGCAGUCCUAGACAUAAAAAAAAAAUUCUCAUGCACUACACAAAAUUUCAUGUACAUAUUUUUUACCUUAAAUUUUCUAAAAUUGUAAUUCUCUGUUUUACAUUUCUAAUAUCCUUAAUUUAUAUUUUAAUUUUGUACAUUCUAACCCAUGCUACAUUUUUUGGGGGGUGGGGUGCAAUACAUUCUGUAUGCGAAGUGAAAGAUUUAUAAUUACAAGAUUGUCUAUUAUUGUUGAGUAUACAAAUAAAACUUCAUGCAACAAAUA